AUGGGACCCAGGAAGGGCACAGCCGGCUCGCUCCCUCUGUUCGGGGACGCGCUCAGCGCGCCCGCGCCGUUGGCCCCGCCCGCGCGCCCGGACCGUUGUGCGCGCCCCGCGCUCGCUGCCCCCGCGCAGCCAACCCCGCGGCUCCGGGGACCUGGGGCCACGCCCACUGGAAACUGGCCUGGCGCGGCGCUGCUUGCGAGGUCCGGGGACCCACCGGACGGCAGCUGCGGGAUGGGCCUGAGCCCCGCUGUCGGGAAGAAGUGUUGGCCCCGUCCCUUUAGGUUCCCCAGGUCCCGCCCCAAACCGGCCUCGAGAACAGCAGAAGAACCCAUGGGAUCUCAAAUGUUGGUCCAACUCGCACCCAAGCAGCCAACGCAGGGCCCGUUAGAACAGGACAGAAGCCUCCAGCAGGGGGAGAAGCUGGUAGUUAACUUGGAGACCACCCCCAACCAGAAGAGAGCAGAGUUGGAUUCAUCCCUGAAGUCUGAGAGUGCAGGCAAGUUAGCAAAGCAAGCAGCUGAGGGCAGACCAAGGCCGAGACCUGGAGACCUGAUUGAGAUUUUUCGAAUUGGCUACGAGCACUGGGCCAUCUACGUGGAAGACGACCGUGUGGUCCAUCUGGCUCCCCCGUGUGACGAGUUCGAGGCCUUCAGCAUCACCUCCAUCUUCAGCAACCGGGCGGUGGUAAAGUACAGUCGGCUGGAGGACGUGCUGCACGGCUGCUCCUGGAAGAUCAACAACAAGCUGGACGGGACGUACCUGCCCCUGCCCGCGGACAAGAUCGUCCAGCGCACGAAAAACAUGAUCAACAAGAUCGUGCAGUACAGCCUGAUUGAAGGGAACUGCGAGCACUUCGUCAACGACCUCAGAUACGGCGUGCCCAGGAGCCAGCAGGUGGAGCACGCCCUGAUGCAAGGAGCCAAGGCUGCCGGAGCGGUGAUCUCAGCUGUCAUGGAGAGCGUGCGGCCCAAAGCAGUGACCGCCGAGAGGGGCUGA